AAAAUAUUGAAAAGUUGUUGUUUUUUGUUAUUCUUGAGGCUUUUUUGUGCUCUUUUUGUGCGUGUUUAUGCACCUCUCCUACAUAUUUGAUUAUGUACACACCUGAGAGUUUGUCUAAAUGGUGUUUGUGUGUGGUGUGUGUGUGUGUGUGUGUGUGUGUGAGAGAGAGAUAGUUGUUCCAGUCACUAGAGGUGGGUGUGAUCAUGAUACCACACUCUAUAAACACCCAAGGCCAGAGUUUCCUGAGUGGAGCGGGAGGCGAACGGGAAACGUCAGCAUAGAGCAGCAACUGUGGACUUUUUAUUUGGGCCAUUGAAAAAAGUUUUUCUCCCAUAUUUUACCUUAACUCAGCAAUUUGUCAUGCGCUCCAGAGGAAAACAAAUGGACCGCUCUCCUUCAAAUUACACCUGUGUGAAACUCUAUCUGUGCUCCAACCCAGAGGAUAGCAUGGUGGAGCGCAGAGCUCUGAGAGAGAAUGUGUUCCCCCAACUUGGAGAGCACUGUAGAAAAACACUGGGACUGGAUGUCAGGGUGAUUGACCCAUUUGAGUCCAGUGAUCCCAGUCAUUGGCCAGAUGACAACACCAGACGGCAGCUGAUUAAAGAAUGCAGGAAGAGCUCCGCAGGACCUUUUUUACUGGCCCUGGUAGGACACCAGUACGGCGCAGCCAGCCUGCCCGCCCAGGUGGAGGUGUCGGAGUACCAGCUGCUGCUGCAGGAGAGCCAGCGAGCGGGCAUCAGCACCAAGGAGCUGGAGAGAGAGUACCAGAGGGACGAGAACACCAUCCCUCCCUCCUACUGCCUGAGACCCAGACACACCUGCUGUCCCCAGCAGGCAGAGGUUAAAGAGGAAGAGGAGAGGAGGAUGAAGGCAGAGGAAGCGGAGCUGAGGAAGCAGCUUCAGACCACUGUGGGUCUGUGUGUCCACGAGGGUGUUCUGAGCCCAGAGAGAGCUCAUAGCUACUACAGAUCAGCCCUCGACGCAGAUCUGAGAUUUGCUCUGGACAACCGUCCUCGUAAUGACUUCAUCAGACGCUGCCUGGUUUACGUUCACAGGGUCAGUGACGCAAAAGGAGAGACAGAGAAGAGACGGAGGAAGUCACAACUGGAGCCACAGCCAGAGGCCGAUACCGUUGACCUAAGGACAACGCCCACUGAUUCCCAGCUAUUGUCAGAGCUUUGUGACAACUUCCUUCCCGGUCUCAUCACCUCGUCUCAGCUUCUAGUCUACACCACCGACACACAGUGUGACUGUCGCCAUGGCUACACGACAGCCAGGAGGCGGGGCUAUGCCGAGUCUCUGUGCCAGCAGGUGUACUCUGACCUCGUGGGGUUGAUUGACAGCUCGUGCACCUCAGAAGGCUGUGAAGGCUCUCCGCUCUUGGCCAGAGAGCAGGAGGAGCAGGAGAAGCUGUGUGACAGCCUGUCCCGACUUUAUGACGUCAUAAGGCCAGAGGAGGCAAAGGUCAGAGCCUUCGUGGAGCAGAGCGGUCAACAGUGUCCGCUAGUGGUGACAGGAGGACCAUGCACAGGGAAGACGGUUCUGCUUGCACACUGUGCUCAACAGAUAAAGUCUUGGCUACCAGACUGUGAUCCUGUGGUGAUCACUUAUUUUUGCAAACUGUUAAUCAACCCUUCCACAAGGCACCUGUUGUCGAGCCUGUGUUGUCAAAUUGGCGUUCGAUAUCACAGCGAAUCUUCCUCUGAGCAGAAUCCCAGCAACAUGGACGAUCUCAGCUGUGUCACUGACCUCCGGGACUUUAAUUCCAACUGUAGCUCGACAUCCAACGUUUGUCCAUCUGAGCUAAAAGAGCGUCUCUCAUCGCUCCUCACCUGCAUGCCUUCUACCAAACAACCUCUAGUUCUAAUCCUCGAUGGCCUGGAUCACAUGGAAAAGGACUUAGGACCUCACAUUUUGGAAAGCCUCGCAUCUCCCCUUCCUCCCAACGUCAAGCUCAUCCUCACAGUCUCCUCCAACCAACAGCGAGUCCUGCAAGCCAUCACGCCACGGAGAAGUCCACCUCAGUGUGUGUCGGAGGGCAGUGAGGAGUCAGGAUACGUGUGUGUUCAGCUGGCAUCGGUGGACAGGAAACAGUGCGCGAAGAUGUUGGCGUCGCUGCUGAGCAGUUCGGGGAGGAGGGUGACAUCAGGACAACAGGCGCUGGUGAACCAAGCGCUGACUUCCUGUUGUCUGACUCUCUACACUCGACUCUUGCACCUUCACGCCUCGCUCUGGCACUCUGAUUCCGAUGUGACCGAGUCGUCUCUCCCUGCUGGCGUCCACUCAUCCAUUUCUGCGCUGCUCGAUCACCUCGAGCAGAAACACGGCUCCUCUAUUGUGGCUCGUGCCGUCUCCUACCUCACCCUCUCCAGGACCGGGCUGACUGAGGUCGAGCUCGCCGACCUGCUGUCCGGUGAUCACAAGGUGCUGACCGAGUAUGUUCAGCAGCAUGAGAGCACUUCCUCCAAUAUGAGGGUCCUGCAGAUCGACGUGGAGACACUUCUGUUGGAUUUGAGGAGGUUUCUCAUUAGGAGGACGGUUGCAGGGUCUCAUGUUUUGUUCUGGGUGAGCAGGCAUUUCAAGCUGGUGGUGGCCAAGAGGUGUUUGGGCACUCGUGAGGUGAGGAGGGAGAUUCAUUCGGCGAUGGCGGACUAUUUCAGUGGCCGAUUGGCUUGCGGUGGAAGUGCAAAAGCACUUCUUGUAAAGCAAAAACCUGGACCGAACGCGGACAUCGAACCUAUGGAAUUCUGCAUAGACAGGGAGCCACUCAGUGUAGAAGCAAAUGGCCAGUCGUUUGUUUUCUCCUCUUCUUUCAAAGAGGUUGGCCGAGUGAACUUGAGGAAGGUCUUUGAAUUACCCUAUCACUUGCAACAAAGUGACCAAUUCGAGGAGUUGGAGCAUGGGCUGCUAAUGUCUUCGAGAUUUCACCAGGCAAUGGUUCGAGCAGGACUACUGGGAGAUCUGGUAGCCAUGUUAGAGAGUGAGGAGGGGUCAUCCCACUUCUGUUUUCCAAGGGAAAGAGCCCUCCUGGCGAGCAUACUGAAGUCUUAUGCUUGCUUGCUGCAGAGCUCACCCCUGCACCUGCCCUCUGUGAUGGAGACGAGCCUCCUGCCUUAUCUGGAGGUCUUUCCAGGCCUCCAAGGUUAUACCAGAGAGAUCAGACAGGAGAGGAGGAGGAGAGGAAGCGGAUUAGGAGUAUCGCUUUGCCCAGCUCCCUUAUCUGUUCCCUCCAUUCAGUGUUUAGCAUUUGAUGCCAAAACCAAGGACGCCUCUGUUAGAGAAGUAGCUGGGACAGAGUUUGGGAUUGUAGCGGAGAUCAUGGAUGAUGGCGCGGCUUUGAUUUGGAAAGGCUCUGGGUGUGAUGUAGUCAAACUAUUACUGAGCUGUGAGCAGAAGGAGCUGACAUUUGCGGGAGUGAAGAGCAGCGGUCAUUUCCUGUUGUUUUCCACACAAUGUGACAAGCUUCUCUUGUGGGAUGUGACAGGCCCAGAAAUGUUUCUGCAGGUUAAGGACCAGGAGUCAAGCCCAAAAACAGCAAACAAAAUCGAGGGGCUCGUUGCGCAUCAGAAAAGGGUAUUCAUGUGGUGGAAAGGCGAGAGUUUUGUGAGUGUGUUCGAUGUCUCCAAUGAGACCUUGACUCAUUUCCAGUGUCAGAGCUGCGUGACCUGUUUGGUUUGCUCCUCUAAUGGAUUCUACAUGUACUGUGGGCAGGAGGAAGGCACAGUGUCCAUAUUUGACACCAACACCAGCAGCUUCCUUGGCAUUUGUUCAAACUCGAACCACAUUGCGAUUACAUCAAUGAUCCUGUGUGAAGAUAGGUGGGAAAUGGCGUGUGUUGACAGGACAGGAAGUGUAAGCCUAUGGGAUGUGGCAUCCAAAAUAAACCCACCCAGACUUGUCACAGAAAGCUUCAUUGGGGGUGAAUCUAAUGACAUCCUCAAUACCGAUUACUCACACAAAAUUGGCACUUUAUUGGUGUGUCAAUCUCAGCAGGUUGCACUGUGGGAUACAUGUGACUGGGAGCUGUGGGACCAGUUCCUGGCUCCGCGGGGGAGGGCCUUCACUCAAGCUGUGCUCUCCCAGGAUGGCCACCUUUUCCUGGCGUUGUUAGAUGCCUGUCCCUUCGUCUUGGUGUGGAUGGUCAGCACAGGGGAGUGCGUUCUCUCCUUAGAAACAAACAAGCAGCCCCGUACACUCCUCAAGGUCUCCUCAGAUGUUGUUUGUGUCGCUCACGAUGGCUGCCUGACAGUGUGGGACUCUGGGGCGAUAGAUGCUGCGGGUACAGCUCCGAAAAUGGGGCGUGGAGUGAAAGAAGUGGUGGUUGAACGAACAGGGGAGCGCUUCUACACCUCUGAUGGCUCAGAGACGGUGUGGAGAUGGAGAUUAGAAACGGGACUUCCACACGCUAACUUCCUACAUGACGGACCUGUGGAAAAGCUCUGUCUUUCUCCGGAUAACAUUCACCUCGUGACACUCUCAGCAGGGGAAAUAUAUGUGUGGCAGACAGAAAGCGGUCAGAACAUCCUGCGUGUGAGUGGCAGCAGAGCGACAGAUGUCCUGAUCACCCCCAACAGUAAGUUUGGGAUCAGUAUUUCUGAUCGAGGAUCGUCUCGCGUUUGGAAGCUGGCACAUGGGAGCAUUGUGUGCACCAUACACCCGUACCUAUCUGACGCCAAGGUGUCGCCCGCGAGCACCUUUCUUAUUGGCCGCCGCCGUGGGGACCUGCUAGCUGCCAGUCUGUGGUCGGGCUCGAUCAGCAAGCGUUUCUCCUCCGCUGAAAGCUCGGAGCACGUUGUUGCUUUCCACACACUUUCAGAGCACCCAGACUUUGUGGUGGUGAUGGUCGACUCAGGGUCGGUGUACACCUGGAAAGUGGCAGAGGAGACGCUGUGCAAGCACUUCGAGCUGCCAUAUAGGUUUCACUGUCAGCCAGAAGACUUCCAAGUGUCCUCUGACGGGAGCUACGCCCUGCUGUCCACUGAUAAUGAGGCCAUCAACCUCUUGGACUUAUCUCAGGUCAGGCUGUGCUCAUUCAAGGCCGAGGGUCCAGUCAUUAAAGCUUAUUUGGAUAAAACUGGACGCUACGCUGCCUACAUAUACCGUCCCACCGCCGCCACCCUGGAGAAAAACUGCGUCUGUUACCUGCAAGCGAGGGCCGUCCUCACAGUUGUACAACUGGCAGACGGGGAAAGAAUAGGAAGCGUGUGUCUGGCUAAGAAUCCUCUGACUCUGGUUGUUUGUGAGCAGCAGCAUGCGUUUGUGGGAUUUGAGGACGGGUCUGUAGGUGUGUAUUCUAUUUUACAUGUCACGAUCAACGGGGAGGAGUCGGUCAGGUGCAGAGAGAACUUGAGUGGUCGGUUGAAGCGAUGCCCCUUCGAUAGAGCAUUCAGUUGGCUACCACAAGCAACCCCCAAUAUUACAUGGCCUUAAGAUUAUUAAACGCUGUUGUUGGACUGUGUUUUCAAAGUACAGAUGAUAAAUAUGAUGGCACACAAAGUGCAUUUGUGUGUAUAACACAUACUGUAUAUUGAAAUAUAAAUACAAAAGACUGCAUGUGUCUGUGUUUACACUUCUGGGGAAACUGCAGCAGCAUUUGUUUCAGUUUCAGGCAGACUGAGUCAAGAGUAUAUGGCUAGAUGAUGAAAAUGAUAAUGUUACACCUCACAGCAGAAACAUCUACUUUGCAUUUGAGUUUCAUUUCUGUGAAAACAAAACCAGUAACUGCCCAGUUUGAGCUACUGCAUGAAUUGUUAACACAUUUUGACACGUUGUAUUUGUAGGAUAUUUUGGUAUAAAUGUCUUAUUUAUA